AUGGAGUAUAUAUUUGGAGAUUUUAGCCCUGAUGAAUUCAAUCAGUUCUUUGUGACCCCACGCUCUUCAGUUGAGCUCCCUCCGUACAGCGGGACAGCUCUGUGUGGCACACAGGCUGCAGAUGACCUGCCUGACGGACAAGAAUAUCAGAGAAUUGAGUUUGGUGUUAAUGAAGUAAUUGAGCCCAGUGAUCCCUUGCCAAGAACCCCCAGCUACAGUAUUUCGAGCACAUUGAAUCCUCAGGCCCCUGAGUUUAUUCUUGGCUGUACAACUUCCAAAAAGACCCCUGAUGGCAUAGAUAAAGAUGCCAGCUACAGUUCCAUUGACUGCCAGUACCCAGGCUCUGCCCUGGUUUUGGAGAGCAGUUCUACUGUGGAGGCAGAAGUUUUAGAAGGUGAUGUUUCAGGUGGCUUUGGACAGAGGGAGCGUAAAAAGAAGAAGAAGCGGCCACCUGGGUAUUACAGCUACCUGAAGGAUGGCGGCGACGAGAGUAUUUCCCCAGAAGCCCUGGUCAAUGGCCAUGCCAACUCUGCAGUUUCCAAUAGCGUCGGCAUGGAGGACGCAGACUUUAUGGGGGAUGUGCUCCUGUCGGUUACGCCCAGGACUUGUAACAGCCCCCAGAACUCCAUUGACUUCAUCAACGACACUGUGCCUGGCAGUCCUUUCCCCGGAGCACUGGACGAUGGCGAUGCCAGGACUGCAGGGCCGCCUGAGGGCUGCCAUGGGGCUGACCACGCGCAGCCCUGCCUCUCUGCAGAUAGCCCGCUAAGGACAGCAGUGGCACAGCCCUACAUUGGCCCCUGUACUACUGAGGACCUUCCAGUUGCUAACGGACAAAUACUUGAAUCCUCGGGCCAGGGCACAGCUGCCAACGGGGUGGAGUUGCACGCCGUAGAGAGCAUAGACUCGGACCCUGCUAAGCUCGGGAGCGCAUCCCCUCCUGCCGAAAGCGCGGUUUCUGCGUCGGGCGCCAUUCCCAUUAGUCAGCCUGCCAAGUCCUGGGCCAGCCUCUUCCAUGAUUCUAAGCCCUCUUCCUCCUCGCCUGUGGCGUGUGUGGGAACUAAAUGCUCCCCUCCUGCCCCAUCCCCCCUGGUCUCUGAAAAGCAUAUUGAAGUCAAAGAAGGGCUCGUUCCAGUUUCAGAGGAUCCUGUAGCCAUAAAGAUUGCAGAGCUGCUGGAGAAUGUAACCCUAGUGCAUAAGCCCGUGUCCUUACAACCACGGGGGCUGAUCAAUAAAGGAAACUGGUGCUACAUUAAUGCUACACUGCAGGCCCUGGUUGCCUGCCCUCCAAUGUACCACCUGAUGAAGUUCAUCCCUCUGUACUCCAAAGUGCAAAGGCCUUGCACGUCGACACCCAUGAUAGACAGCUUUGUUCGGCUAAUGAAUGAGUUCACCAACAUGCCAGUGCCCCCCAAGCCCCGGCAAGCUCUUGGGGAUAAAAUCGUGAGGGAUAUCCGCCCUGGAGCUGCCUUUGAACCCACGUACAUUUAUAGACUCCUGACGGUUAUCAAGUCGAGCCUGUCUGAGAAGGGCAGGCAGGAAGAUGCUGAGGAGUACUUAGGCUUCAUCCUCAACGGGCUUCACGAGGAGAUGCUGAGCCUGAAGACGCUCCUCUCACCACACAGCCAAAAAGUGAGGAUUUCCAAUGGGCCCAGAAGCCAAUUGGUAAAUGAGGAGGAGCAGGAGGAUCAAGGUGCAGGAAGUGAAGAUGAAUGGGAGCAGGUGGGUCCCAGGAAUAAGACUUCCGUCACCCGCCAGGCCGACUUCAUCCAGACGCCAAUCACCGGCAUUUUUGGAGGACACAUCAGGUCUGUGGUUUACCAGCAGAGUUCAAAGGAAUCUGCCACUUUGCAGCCGUUUUUCACGCUGCAGUUGGACAUCCAGUCUGACAAGAUCCGCACUGUCCAGGACGCACUGGAAAGCUUGGUGGCCAGAGAGUCUGUCCAAGGCUACACCACGAAAACCAAACAGGAGGUGUGUUCUGGCGUCAAGGCCCCUGCGGAGGCCCUGGGGAAGCAACUGCUUUCUCCAGGGGUUAAAAAUAAGAAUUUUAAAUGCCACAGAACGUAUAGGCUCUUUGCAGUGGUCUAUCACCAUGGCAACAGCGCCACGGGUGGGCAUUACACUACCGACGUCUUCCAGAUCGGGCUUAAUGGCUGGCUGCGCAUCGAUGACCAGAUGGUCAAGGUGAUUAACCAGUACCAGGUGGUGAAGCCGACUGCUGAGCGCACAGCCUACCUCCUGUAUUACCGCCGCGUGGACCUGCUGUGACCCCUGUGUGCGUGUGUGUGUGCGUCCGUGCGUGCGUGCGUGCGUGCGUGCCUGAUGCCGCUUUGUAGGCCAUUAACUCUCACUAACUUCCUGCCUUGUAGUGGCUCCUUAGAGAGAAACUUUCUCCCUCUUGCAAAAAUGGGCUAGAAUGAAGAGGAGAUGCUUGGGUUUGUGCAGCCUAGUUUAUGUUGACCUCCACCUUCCAAAUCAAAAUCAUUUGGUUGAAACAGACUGUCUUUGAUUUAAGAAAAUCCACAACACCCGUAUUUGUGAAUAACGCCGAUUCCUGAGAUAAAGGAACUCGCAUUUGAUCCCAGUUUAAUUGCUUAGUAGAAUAAAUCCUGCACCAGCAACACUUGUAAAUUUGUGAAAAUGAAUUUUAUCUUUCCUUAAGAAAUUAAAUUUUUUAAUCCAUCACACUUCCUUCCCCUACCCUUUAGUUUUUGAUAAAUGAUAAAAAUGAGCCAGUUAUCAGAGAAGAAAUAGUUCUUACUUCAGACAGAAAAUAGACAAAACAAAAACCCCACUGCUGGACCCUCACAGGAGAAGUACCGUAAUAACCGCAGUGAGACUCGCUCACGUGUACCGUGCAGAUCAGAUAUUUGGAGUUUUAAGGUAUUAGUGGACGUAGAUGGGUGAUGGGAACUUUAUUGCCACUGAAGGGUUUCAGAAUGAUGCUUCUGUGUGCCUCCGGUGCCAUGCGGCCACAGUGCUGAAGGCUGACGUCUCCCAAGUCUGCUGUCUGCUCCUGACGCCGCGUCCCCAAUUGUGCCCAGUGUAGUGAUGCCUAGGAACUAAAGUUGUCGCCCAUCAAUAAAAAUCACAAAGUUGGU